GUCGCAUCUCUUAUUCACAUCAUCACAUUAUCAUAAAAUUGACUACUCCUCCUUUACCAAACAAAAUCUUCUUCUUUUUACUCUUGAAAAAAAAAUGGAGUUGGAUCUUUCACCUAAGCUGCCGAAGAAGGUGUACGGAGGAGAUGGUGGAUCGUACUUUGCUUGGUGCCCAGAAGAGUUGCCUAUGCUUAAACAGGGUAACAUUGGUGCCGCUAAGCUUGCUCUUGAGAAGCAUGGCUUCGCUAUCCCUCGUUACUCUGAUUCUUCUAAGGUCGCUUAUGUUCUUCAAGGAUCUGGAACUGCCGGAAUUGUCCUCCCUGAGCAGGAGGAGAAGGUGAUCGAAAUCAAGCAAGGUGAUUCGAUUGCUCUUCCCUUUGGUGUGGUGACAUGGUGGUUCAACAACCAGGAUACCGAGCUUGUUAUCCUCUUCCUCGGUGAAACCCACAAGGGUCACAAAGCAGGACAGUUCACUGAGUUUUAUCUCACUGGCUCAAACGGUAUCUUCACCGGUUUCUCCACUGAGUUUGUAGGCAGAGCCUGGGACCUUGAUGAGAACACCGUGAAGAAACUCGUUGGUUCUCAAACCGGUAAUGGCAUUGUGAAGCUUGAUGCGAGUUUCAAGAUGCCACAGCCUAAGAAGGAGCACCGUGAAGGGUUUGUCUUGAACUGUUUGGAGGCUCCUCUUGAUGUUGACAUCAAGGAUGGAGGCAGGGUUGUUGUCUUGAACACCAAGAACCUUCCUUUGGUUGGAGAGGUUGGGUUUGGAGCUGAUCUUGUUCGGAUCGAUGCACACUCCAUGUGCUCGCCUGGUUUCUCUUGUGACUCGGCUCUUCAGGUGACUUACAUUGUUGGUGGAAGUGGAAGAGUCCAGGUGGUUGGUGCUGAUGGGAAAAGAGUUCUUGAGACUCAUAUCAAAGCUGGUUCUCUCUUCAUUGUGCCAAGGUUCUUUGUGGUUUCAAAGAUUGCUGAUUCUGAUGGCAUGUCUUGGUUCUCCAUUGUCACUACACCUGAUCCAAUUUUCACACAUUUGGCUGGAAGGACAUCGGUGUGGAAGGCUUUGUCACCAGAGGUUCUGCAGGCGGCGUUUAAGGUGACUCCGGAGGUGGAGAACUCUUUCCGUUCAAGGAGAACUGCUGACGCCAUUUUCUUCCCUCCUUCCAACUGAAGAAGAAGAAGAAAGUAAAGGAGAACAAGAACCAGCUUUUUUUUUUUAAUAUGAUUUGGGGUUUUUUGUUUUCCUGGACCGGUUCUUGUUCUCAUUGAUAAAAUAAAAUAAAAAGC